CCCAAUGUGGUGAACCCUGCCAGCAGCCUGCUACGUUUCACCAGCGGCCUGAAAUCUUCAGGUUGCGGUCGCUGGUUCAUGCGGAUCGUUCUGCUGCUAUCCGGAAGGACCAGGAGGGGGGCCAGCAGAAGAGAUGCCGCAACAGUCACACAGAGGCCAGACACUGAUUCGAGGAUAUGGGGAAUAUUCUCUACAGUGGAUGCAGGGUCGCAUAUGGUAUACACGAGGCCAAAAUACGAUCACAGGAAACUAAAGGAUCAGAAACGUGGACUCCACACGCUGAGGACAUACGAAAACUGUCAGUGCUUGACCAUCGAUGUUCCCGCAGCAUGGGCCGGUCUAGUAGGAACACGGGAUUGUAAUGCUGGGGCCCUGUCAAACCGGAUUAUUUCGCAUCUCCCGAGAGCUGUUGGUCGCUUGUACCGUGUUGCUCAUUACAGUGUUGCAACGGACAGAUCCCUAUACAAGGUAUUCGGCGUGAAUAGAGAUGCAACACAUCAGGAAAUCAAAGAAGCAUUCUACAGAUUAUCCAAGCUUUAUCAUCCUGAUGUCACAAAUGAGCCCCAUGCUCGUGCCAAGUUCCAGGAACUUGCCAGGGCAUACGAAGUUCUUGGAAACCCAUCAAAGAGGAAAGAGUACGAUCGUGGUUUAAUUCGGCCAUCGUCGUCGUCUGUCUCUCCCGAUGGUACUGUUGCCGCAGACAUCGACACGGAGUCCAUUCGCAGUUCUACUACGGAUAGUUUCUCGGCUUUCUACGUGAAGCAGUAUAACCGCGUCCUCAAUGAAGAUUGGCUACGGAAAUCUGAUCCGCAACUAAUCAAAACGGCCAUUGAAUACAAACAGGAUGAACGUAACUUCAUACUAACAUUCUACGCCACAUUUGCAGUCACUCUUACUCUUGUCUUUGCUUACCUAAAGCUAACUGAGAAACCAAUUGAACUUCUCGAUCUUUCAGCGUCCGAUAAAUCCAAGCACUAG